UUUGGGAGCGAAGCUGCUGCUGCUGCUGCGAUCCAGCUAAAACACAAAUCUGUCGACGGUGCGUGAGGCAACAUGGAGGAAACUGCGAACGUGCACCGAGCCGCCGCCGCCGGGAGCUCCGUGUGCGCCGCGCCGGGGAUGGGCGACGUGUCGGCCGGCGGCGGAGCGAGAGGAGCCGCAGAGACAUGCAGGAGUAGCGCGGCUGCCCUCGGUGCUCCGGCGGCCGCUGGUCGUGGUGACAGCCCCGCGGAGGCUGCUGCUCCCGGCGCCGCUGUCGUCAUGUCCGUCGUCGGGAAGUCUGAGGCGUCGGUGCCGGUCCAGGUGCUCCCCGCGCAGGAGGCUGCGGAGCCCGGGGGCAGCGGGUCCGGCUCCGGGGAGCGGAUCGGUACCGGGACGGGGCAGGACUCGGUGCAGCUGGCCGCAGGAGAUCGAGAGGGUGGCGCCUCAAAGUUAGUAAACAACACCAGCGAUGGAGGGUCCUCGCCUCCCGCAGAGGAGAGCGCGGGUUCGGCUCUUGCGGGAAGCGAAGCGACCAAACCGGCCAAGCCGACGCGUCUGUGUCCGGACAGCGGGACCACGGCGGACCGCAAGUCCGGAGAUCGCACCUUAUCCGAGGGAUUGCCGAGUGGGAGUGACCGCGAUCCCAGCCUCGGCGGAGAGUCCCGAAGCAUCGAUUCCCUCGAGUCCUUCUCCAACCUCAACUCGUGCCCCAGCUCGGACCUGAACAGCGAGGGGCUGGAGGACCGGGGGCUGGCCCUGGCCCUGCAGGGCGAGUACGGGGCCGAGGGCUCGAAGACCGCCUGCAGCAAGGACCGGGCCGCCGGGCAGUCCAUAUACCACAUCAAGUGGAUCAAGUGGAGGGAGGAGAACACCCCGAUCAUCACCCAGAACGAGAACGGCCCGUGUCCAUUACUGGCAAUUAUGAAUGUCCUUCUGCUCGCAUGGAAGGUUAAGAUGCCCCCCAUGAUGGAGAUCAUAACCGCGGAGCAGCUGAUGGAGUAUCUAGGAGACUACAUCCUGGAAACCAAGCCUAAAGAGAUAACUGAGGCUCAGCGGCUAAACUAUGAGCAGAACAUGAGCGAUGCCAUGGCCGUGUUGCACAAGCUGCAGACCGGUCUGGACGUGAACGUGAAGUUCACGGGGGUGCGAGUCUUCGAGUACACCCCAGAAUGCAUUGUGUUUGAUCUGCUGGACAUCCCCCUUUACCACGGCUGGCUAGUCGACCCCCAGAUGCAUGACAUUGUCAAGGCAGUGGGAAACUGCAGCUACAACCAGCUGGUGGAGAAGAUAAUAUCCUGCAAACAGUCAGACAACAGCGAGCGGGCAGGUGAAGGCAUCGUAGCGGAGCAGUUCCUGAGCAGCACAGCCACUCAGCUGACGUAUCACGGCCUAUGUGAGCUCACCUCCACCGUACAGGAGGGCGAGCUCUGUGUCUUUUUCAGGAACAACCACUUCAGCACCAUGAUCAAAUACAAGGGCCAGCUGUACCACCUGGUUACAGACCAAGGUUUCCUGACGGAGGAGAAGGUCGUCUGGGAGAGUCUGCACAACGUCGACGGAGAUGGCAACUUCUGUGACUCCGAGUUCCGGUUGCGGCCGCCCUCCGAUCCAGAGACGGUGUACCGCGGCCAGCAAGAUCAGAUAGACCAGGCCUCUGUAUCUGCAAGAUUGAGCACGGACUACCUGAUGGCGCUGUCACUGCAGCAGGAGCAGCAAAACCAGGACCUACAGUGGGAGCAGCUACCCGAGGGCAUCAGCGACCUCGAGCUGGCGAAGAAGCUUCAGGAGGAGGAGGACCGACGAGCCUCCCAGUACUACCAGGAGCAAGAGCAGGAGCAGGCGGCAGCGGCGGCGGCGGCACAGGGCCAGCAGGAGGCUGCGGAGGGAGAGGAGGCGGAGAGAGGAGGUGCAGGAGCAGGUGGUGCCUCGGCCGGCCCCGGGACGGCAGCAGCAGCUGGAGCCACGCCCAGCCCGGGAAAGCAGUCCUCAAGUGGGGAGCGCAAAACCAAGAAGGAAGCGAAGGAUAAAGACAAAUGUGUUAUUUUGUAACAUACAGCGUGUCUGUGUGUGUGAGUGUGUGUGUGAGUGGGUGUUUUGUGCAUUUGCUAAUCUGUGAGGAAAGGGACAGCAUUUGUUUCUCCGUGGAAUGGACACGCAACUCGGAGCCCCACUGGAUGACAAACAAGGGAAGGAGACAAUUAAGAGGAGACUAGGAGAGGAUUUGCUGUUCCCAAACCACUGGUGCCUGCUAUCCUCUAAACACAGACAUCAGAGGAAGGGACACAACAACAACAACUACCCCUUAUCUUUCGUAGAGUCGGCCAAACUUUGUUACAAGUUGCACAGUGCACUAUAUUUGUGAUGUGGGGUCAAAUUUAUCUGGGUUGGUAUAUUUUAUAGCAAAAAUAUAUAAUCUUAAGAAACAAAAUUUUAUUCUUUCACCAUAAUCUUUUCCAAAAAAACAC